GGAGCACCUCUCUAUUGAGGAGCGGGCGUGCCUCAUGUUUCUGGAGUCCACCAUUGAGUCUCUGGAGAUGGAGGAGGACAGUGGCCUGUCCAAUGAUGAGCCAGACCCCAGCAGCCUGGCAGCCAAACAUGGCCACCUCUCUAUGGCACAGACUAGACUGGAGGAUGUGUCAAAACUCCAGCAUGAUGACUCAGGAAGAGAUCAGAAGUCCUUUCUGAACUGCAGAGUGCCUACACCACUUCUACUGGCAAAUGGCCUUGCCAGUAUCCAGAUCAAAGCCACAGGGGCAACCACCCAUCCCAAGGCUCCAGGGGAAGCCACACAGCCCAGUGUCCCAACUGCAGCAAUUGAGCCCAAAGCCCCAGUAGUAGCAACCCAGCCCAGUACCGCAGGGGCAGUCACUGAUCUAAAACCCCCAAAGGUAAUCACUGAACCCACAGUCCCAGAGGUAGUCACAGACCCUAAAGCUCCAAAGAAAGCAACUGUGCCCAAGACCUCAGAGUUGACUUCUGACAUCAAAGCUCCUGGGUUGGCCACUAUCACAAAAGUUCCGGUGCUGUCCACUGAGUCUAAAACCCCAGAGUUAGCUACAGACCCCAAAGCUUUUGAGUAUGCCGUUAAUUUUCAAGUCUCUGGAUCGGAAACAACUCCUUCCUCAGCCACCUCAGAUUUACCCAAAGAUGAUUCUGUGGACAACAUGCCCAAAGGAGUCUCUGUAGACAGCAAGCCUGCGAAGUGCAACAUUAAGGUUCCCUCUGAGCUGGAUCUGAAGCUGAUUCCCCCUCCCUCAGACUUCAGGGAUGUUGAGCUAGAGGAAGAGAGUGAUCCUCCAGUGCCUGCAGAACUCAGAGGUCCUCUGACCUACAGUGAGCUGGAGCAGCUACGCAGGCAGGUCUCCAUGAAGAGAGCUGCACCAGCCUCACCUGGAACCCAAGAGGCACCACCUUCUAAACCCCAUGUUGAUCUGCCUGUCAGUACCCAAGCACCACUCUCCCCCUCAGAUGUCCUACCCACCCCCAUUACUGAGGCCCUGGAACCAAAGAGCCGGCCCGCUGUGGCCCCUAAGCCCAAGAGGCUUCCCUACAACAUCAUACUGAAGUUCCACAAGUUAGACAGUCACCCAGGCCCCUCUCUGCCCUCGCCCAUUGACAGGUCGAUGAUUGACCCCCAUAAGGUGCGCUUGGAGGCCCUACGGAAGCUCGGGCUCCUGAAGACUGAGGAUGGAGACUCUGUAGUUUCAUCCAAAUCCCAGAAGUCAUGUGCACCCCCUCCUUCUCCUCGCAGCCUGGUUGCCACCCAGACCAAAGCCUCAGCCCAAAUCCUUACCCCAGCUCCAGUCCCAGCCAUCACCCUUACCCCAGUCCCUGCCAUCACCUUUACCCCAGUCCCUGCCCCAGCACUAACCCCAGCCCUAGUCCCAGCCCCAGUUUCAGCGACUACCCCAGCCCCUCCCACUACCCCAAUCCCAGCCCCAGUCCCCGUCCCAGCCACUACCCCAGCCCCAGUCCCAGCCCAAUUCAGUGACAAUGCCAAACCUCUGCCCUCACCUGCUACACUUCCUUCACCACCCAAGCAUAUUCCCCCUCCCAUAAGGGUUAGAUCAGCCACUCUGGAGCGCUCUGGCAUGGGCCUGAGCAGCUACAUGGCCAGCAAUGCCUCCCUCAGGGCUAACCGAGGUCCCAAUGUCCCACUGUUCCCUGGCGACCUGCGCAACUCUAGACCCCGCCCCGCCUCCCUAGGAACUGGGAAAGACUUUGUGAAUGUUCAGGGUGAGGCCUCCCACCCCCAGCCAGGUCAUGGGGGGUCCCAGAACAAGCUGCCCUGCUCCCAUGGCAUCAGUGUGCUCAUCUGCCCCAAAAGCAAGAGUGGAGAGGCCCGGCGGGAGGCCCUGAAGAAGCUAGGACUGCUGAGGGACUGAGGGCAUGAAGAGGGGCAAUGGAACUGCACCAUUACGGAAUCCAUAUGAGGGGUGAGUUCUGAGGAGGAGGAAUGUUCUUAAUAUGGAUUCCGUACAACUAAGCCCUCCUCUAGUAUUUGGUCACUGGGACACUUACAUUUAUGGGAAGAUUAUUCUCCCCAUAAAAAUGCCUUCUUUGAAGCAAUAUGCAAGGAGCACUAUUUGAUUGAUGGAGGAUUGCUUGGCUCUACAGACAGCUAUAGUGUAUAUUUAUAGAGGGGAGUGUCUUUUUGCCUUCUUACUGCAUAGAAAUGCUGUAUGUACCCCCAAGACUGCCUUUUAAUGAAUAUCAUGAUUACAGUAUCAUACUACUAUGAGAUACUACACUAACUACAGUAUGCAGUACAGUAGGUAAAUGAAAGGCUGUUUGUGAACCUCAUUUGACAUAUUCAGUAAUUUUCUAAAUAAAAUAAUAUAAACUCCAUGUAGGGAUGUUUGUGUGUUAUAAAAUUGUAUGGCAGACCAAUACACAAUCUGUUUUCUCAAAUGGCGAAUACACCUGAUGGUAUUGUUACAGUUAGGGAUGUGCCUUUAUAACUUCUCCUUUCACGUAACCUUUGACAAGAAUACCAUUGUUUUAACUUCCUAAAAUUCCUCUAACCUCACCUUAAAGUUAUUGUUUUUUGGAGGACCAUGGCAACCAGUAA